UCGGCCGUCGCUCGCGCGGCAGUCGUCGCGCUUUGCGCCACAUAAUACAUCAUCCAUCCUCCUCAGUCCCGCACGUACCUAUACAUAUACUUCUUGCCCAUUGUGUUUUUCCCUGGCCGCCGCUGCGCCGCCUACUCUCUGAGUCUCUGCCUCUCUUCUUAACGCCGCCGCACCAGUGCUAUAUAGUGCCGCCACCGUUCGUCGUCUCGCCUAUCUAUAUAUAAUAUUAUUUUCCUGUGUGCUGUAUGAACGCGAAUUGAAGUAUACGCGUGUUUGUGCGUGCGCGAUGCUGGUUGCGUCGUGAAAACAAUUGGUUUUCGCGUUCUCUGCCCGUCGCCGUCGUAGGUAUACUAGUGAGAGAGAGUCCAGCUGUACAUCGUUCGCUAGCCCAGCAACAUAGUCGCGGGAGUUGUUGGCAUCUCUCCUUCUCUCUGCGGCUGUACCGCGAGCUUCCCUCCUCCCCCGCUGCGCCCUCGCGUGUGUACAGACUACAGACGCACUUGGAGUCUCGCUCUUCGCUCUCUCUCUCUCUCUCUCUCUCUCUCUCUCUUGGCGGUGCGGCGCAAAGCGAAACGACGCGCGCUCGGUGAAGAGGAGAAAAAGGAGGACGCGCGCGCGCCGAAGAAGAAGCAGUACUUAGCAGCCCCCGAGGGAGCAAGAGCAGCGCAGUGCGGAGUAGAAGCUACCCCUUCGCUCGAGGACAGUAGGAGAGAGUCGGCUGCUGUCAUGGAACAUGCUCGUCGAGCUGCACUUCCCUGCCGGCCGUCCUUAUGAGGGAAGCUCCUCCGCGUUAAUGUCGAGGGUUUGUCAUCAUCAGCUGCUGCAGCACUGAAUUCCAACCAGCGAAUACUUAGAGAUCGCGAAGUGCGUAUAAGCGGAGCUCGCGCACAGAAGGUGGACUCGCAGGCGAGGAUUUGCGUUGUCUGCAGCUGGCACGACGAGUGCAGUGUUGUCCAGCAUUAGCGAGGAGCAAGGAGCAUCACCAUCGCCGAGUGCCGAGGAUCGCGCCUGGCGCCGUCGACGACGACGACGACGACGUCGAUCAAAGUGGCUCCCGCGGAGUGCGUCGAUCGUCGCGGCAAAAUUGGCUCUAACACGGAUCCCGCAAUGGUCAUACGGUCAGACGGCAGCAGCGAAAGCCCACUUCUUGUAGAAGAGGGCGAGGCUGUUGGCCAACCACAUAGUCCACAUAAUAAACACAGUCAUAGUCACAGUCAUGUCCAUCCCCAUGGAGCACAGAGUCAUCACCAUGAUAAGCCCAAACAGGCUGUAAAAUAUGGAGAACUAGUCAUUCUUGGAUACAAUGGAUAUCUUCCACCUGGGGAUCGCGGGAGAAGAAGAAGUAAAUUUGUUUUAUAUAAGAGACCUAUGCCUAAUGGUGUUAAACGUAGCAAGCAUUAUGUUGUCAAAACGCCUCACUGCUCUCAAGCCAUUUUAAAUACAAAACAGCACUCGAUCUCCUAUACAUUAUCCAGAACGCAAGCUGUGAUUGUAGAGUACACCGAAGAUGAGGAUACAGAUAUGUUCCAGAUUGGAAGAUCAUCGGAAUCUCCCAUUGAUUUCGUCGUAAUGGACACUUAUCCCGGUGGUAGUGAAGUGGUUGCCGCAAGCGAAGGACGAGUAGCCCAGAGUACCAUUAGUAGGUUUGCAUGUCGGAUUCUCGCUGAUCGUUCUGACCCAAAAAUAGCAAGGAUCUACGCAGCUGGUUUUGAUAGCUCCAGAAAUAUUUUCCUAGGGGAAAAAGCCACUAAAUGGCAAGAAAACAGAGAGAUAGAUGGACUGACAACUAACGGCGUUUUGAUUAUGCAUCCGCGAGGGCAGUUCUGUGGUGGUGAAGCGCAAUGCGGCUACUGGCGAGAGGUCAGUGUAGGUGGCGGCGUAUUUUCACUUCGGGAGAGUCGAAGUGCUCAGCAAAAGGGCAACGUUGUCGAGGACGAAAACAACAUUUUGCAGGAUGGCACUCUUAUAGACUUGUGCGGAGCUACUUUAUUAUGGAGAUCAGCUGAAGGGCUUGCGAAAUCACCUACAAAGCACGAUCUAGAAGAGCUAGUGGAUGCCAUAAACGCUGGUAGACCGCAGUGUCCUGUUGGCUUGAACACGCUGGUCAUACCUCGAAAAGCUGCGUCAGAGUCGGCUCAGCAGCAGCCCUACGUCUAUCUCAAGUGCGGUCAUGUGCAAGGCCACCACGACUGGGGCCAAGAAAAAGACAAGGCUACGAGAAGAUGUCCGAUGUGCUUAGUCGCCGGACCUAUCGUUAAACUUUGCAUGGGAAUUGAGCCCGCAUUUUAUGUCGACAGUGGUCCACCGACAUAUGCAUUUAGUCCAUGCGGGCAUAUGGCUACUGAAAAAACUGUAAAAUAUUGGGAAAAAGUUGCAAUACCACACGGUACGAAUGGAUAUAUUGCAAUUUGUCCUUUUUGUGCAGUGCCACUAGAAGGAUCACCAGGAUAUGUAAAGCUGAUAUUCCAAGAUCACGUAGAUUAAAGGUUUAUACGUACCGUGAGCUCGUGAAAAGCUCUGUACAGGAGUCAUUAUUUUUUACCUUGACUAAGAUUUUUUUUAGUCAAGGUAAUAAUAGAGCCUUAUCAUGCGUAAGUUAUUGAAAGAAAAAAAAUUCGAAUUUUACCGUUGAGUAGUGCCACAGAUUAUUAAAGCGCUUAGUUUUUUUAACUGGCAUAUGCAAUUAUAUUUUACUAAGGCUACUGUCAAGUUACACCUGCCAUAAAGAAAAUUUACCAGCUGAAAUCUCGCUUGAUACAAGCUGAAGAAUAACUAAUGAAUAAUAUUAAACUCUAAUUGAACUAUCACGGCAAAUAAGAAGAAAUUUUUUUAACAAAUGUGUCGUUACAAUAAUAUUUUUUGAUAUAAAGAAUCGUUUUUACGUAACGUAACUACUUAUAUAUAUAUAUAAAAUUAACUUUUAACGGUAAUUAUAUUUAUAAUUUUUAUUCUAAUAAUUAAUUAAUUUAAAUUAAUAUUACGUCAUAAGGUUUCCUUUUAAAUAUAAACUUUAUCAUUAGAUAAAUAUCGAUAGUAACGAUUAAUUUUGUUGAGAAAAUUUUUCAUUGCUACAAUUUUGCUGUUGACUAGGUAGAAGCCUUAAUUUGUAGGUUUAUUUGAAAAAAAAAACAAAAAAAAAUUAUCAAUAUAUGUACAAAGAAGCUGUGUUCUUACAAUAACCUGAUGGGCUUCGUGUAAUCUUAGCCAAAGACUCUAUCAAUUUUUUGAAACUUCCAGGGUGUACAUUUUGCAAAUUUGCAUUCCACUAAAGCUACACAUAGACUGUAAUAAUAUACAUUAUUUAUAAUUUUACUUCGAAGGAAGUACUAUUCAAAAGAAAAAUAAAUUGUUUACCAUUUAAAGAAGAUUUUAUUGGUACCAUGUUUAUCCUGAGCAAUGUCUUCAGAUUACUUAUUAUAGAUGAAUACUUAAAUAACUAAAUCUACAAUGAUUCAUAAUUUUUGAAAUCAUCAGUUUCUCAGUAUUAUUUUGUAUUUUUAUUGUACAAACUUGCUAUGUAUAGAAUAAAUACAUCAUAUUUAAAUUGAUGAAAAAUACCAUAUAAUGUAGUGGAGAAGUAAAAGCUGGAAGUAAAUAUUGAUCAUCAGGGAGUUGUAUAUAAUAACACGUAGAGACUGACGAUAACAAUAAUGAAAUAAGUAGAAAAGUUUAAAAUAAAUUUUUUUGUACAGCAGCAAUUAAUUAUGCUUUAAAUGAAGACGAAAAAUAUACAUUAGCAUUGAGCUUCGAA